AUGUCAAAUUCUAAAUACGAACCCGAUCAAGAAGCUUUAUCAGAUCUUGAAAAGGCCCGAUGCCGUAGAAAUCGUCGUCCAUCAGUACAAUUUAUUGAUAAGAAUCUUAUACGACGGCAUCCAUCGGGCCUCGAAAAACAACAAUCAUCUUGUCAACAACGACCACGUUUACCAUCAAUUGGUUCUAAUGAUGAAAACGAAUCCAAUGAAGUAGAGAAUCAAAAGCAAUACUCAACUGCUAGUGAUACCGAUAGCGAUGGUGAAGAUGGUGCUGGUACGGAUAUACGAGAGAUGAAACAUAAAAAUUCAUCUGGUUUCGGUGAGUUUGCUGUUCGCCGUAUAAAACAGGCACCCUAUGGUCGACGUGAAAUUGAAAUUGCUGAACAAGAAAUGCCUGGCCUUAUGGCAUUGCGUCGUCGAGCUGAAAGUGAUAAACCUUUACAAGGAGCGAAAAUUGUUGGUUGUACUCAUAUAACAGCUCAAACAGCAGUACUAAUCGAAACAUUAACUCGUUUGGGAGCGCAAGUACGAUGGUGUGCUUGUAAUAUAUUUUCUACUCAAAAUGAAGUAGCUGCAGCACUAGCAGAAGCAUCAAUUGCUAUAUUCGCAUGGAAAGGAGAAACGGAUGAUGAUUUUUGGUGGUGUAUUAAAAAAGCAAUUGGCGUUGAUCAAGGGUGGCAGCCAAAUAUGAUAUUGGAUGAUGGAGGAGAUCUGACGCACUAUUGUCAUAAACACUUUACAACAUUAUUUUCAACAAUCAAAGGUAUUGUUGAAGAAUCAGUUACUGGCGUUCAUCGUUUAUAUCAAAUGUGUCGUACACAAACAUUAACUGCACCAGCUAUGAAUGUUAAUGAUAGUGUGACAAAAACGAAAUUUGACAAUUUAUAUCUAUGUCGAGAAUCGAUUAUCGAUGCUAUUAAACGGUGUACCGAUAUCAUGUUUGGUGGAAAACAAGUUGUCGUUUGUGGAUAUGGCGAAGUUGGUAAAGGAUGUUGUUCAGCAUUGCGAGGUAUGGGUUGUUUUGUUUAUAUAACAGAAGUCGAUCCUAUAUGCGCAUUACAAGCAUGUAUGGAAGGAUACAAAAUUGUUCGUCUUGAAGAAGUUAUUAAACAAGUCGAUAUUGUUGUUACUGCAUCGGGAAGUAAGAAUACAAUAACAAGAGAUUCACUGGAUAAACUUAAAAAUGGUGCCAUCGUUUGUAAUAUGGGACAUUCGAAUACAGAAAUUGAUGUUAGCUUUUUACGUGACUCAUCAACAAGUGAUUUACAAGUAGAACGGGUACGAACCAAUGUGGAUCAUGUUAUUUGGCCCAAUGGGAAAAGAAUUGUAUUAUUGGCUGAGGGUCGAAUCAUGAAUUUAUGCUGUUCAAGUGUACCGUCAUUUGUUGUUUCGAUUACAGCUGCAACUCAAGCAUUGGCUUUGAUUGAACUUUUUAAUGCUCCACCCAAUCGAUAUAAAUGUGAUGUUUAUUUAUUACCGAAAAAAAUGGAUGAAUAUGUUGCGAGUCUUCAUUUACCUGCAUUCGAUGCUCAUUUAACAGAAUUAAGUGAUGAUCAAUGCAAAUAUCUCGGCAUCAAUAAAGCUGGACCAUUCAAGCCGAAUUAUUACAGAUAUUAA